AUGAUUGGUUGGACAACUCAUAGUCACAUCAAACUCCCUGAAAUCUUUUCUUUGCUGGAUGCGUUCAUGUUUAGCCAGCCAAAUCGCGAAGCCGCCCAGCCGCUCCUUCAAGAUGACGACAAUACAAUAUUCGCGCUCGACUCUGAUGAGGAAGAAGAGUCAGCCCUUAACACACCAAGACGAAAUGUUCGCUUCCAAGAAGAAGUCCAAGUAAUAGCCCCCGCCGCUGAGGUCCUUGACGUCGAGCAGAGAAACGGGUGUCUAAUUGCCUCAGAGUUUGACCAAGACACAGAUGAACUUGAUGAAGAUUCGCAGUCUCAGGUUCGCGCUGGUUCGCGGAACCAGUCUAUGCCUUUGCUUGUCGGCCUUUUCGACGCGUCACACUCUCGUGGAGUAGAUGUGUCCGUCCCUUUACUGCAUGUUAAUGGCACCAACGGAUCGUCUGGUCCGGAUGUAGACCUGGAAGCACUAGCAGCGAAGCGGGUUGCUGGAGGCGGAUUAAUAGACUCCAUUGCCAACAUGGCAAACUCCAUUCUGGGUGCCGGUAUCAUCGGAUUGCCUUAUGCUGUUAGCCAAGCGGGCUUCUUCACUGGUCUCUUCCUUCUUGUUGUGCUGUGUGGGAUCACGGAUUGGACGAUUCGUCUCAUAGUCAUCAACGCAAAAAUGAGCGGAACACACAGCUAUAUUGGGAUCAUGAACCAUUGCUUUGGUGCCAGUGGACGAGCCUCGGUCUCGUUUUUUCAAUUCGCUUUUGCGUUUGGAGGCAUGUGUGCGUUUGGCAUUAUCAUCGGCGACACCAUUCCCCAUGUCAUUCGGUCCAUAUUUCCGCAGCUCUACCAAGUGCCCGUCCUAUCGCUCUUCACGAACCGCAAGUUCGUCAUCUCCUUAUGCACCAUAUGCAUUUCCUACCCUCUCUCCCUCUACCGCGACAUCCACAAACUAUCCCGGGCAUCUGGCCUCGCGCUCAUCGGAAUGCUGAUCAUUGUUACCUCGGUCAUGAUCGAAAGCCCACAGACUGCACCAGAACUCAAGGGCGACCCAUCUAAACGCUUCUCCUUCAUUGAGCCUGGCGUAUUCCAGGCUAUUGGCGUCAUCAGCUUCGCUUUUGUUUGUCAUCACAACUCGCUCCUCAUCUACGGAAGUCUACGAACACCAACGCUGGAUCGUUUUGCUUUCGUUACGCAUAUUUCGACACUGCUAUCUCUCAUCGCAUGCUGUACACUAGCCAUAUCCGGAUACGUCGUCUUUACCGACAAAACUCAGGGAAAUAUCCUGAAUAAUUUUGCACCGGACGAUACGUUAAUCAACGUAGCGCGCUUCUGCUUUGGCCUGAACAUGUUCACGACGCUCCCGCUUGAGCUUUUUGUGUGCCGAGAGGUCAUAGAGCAAUAUUUCUUCUCCCACGAGACAUUCAAAAUGGAACGGCACGUCUUUUUUACCACGACAAUUUUGUUUGCCUCCAUGUUUGUGUCGUUGAUCACCUGCGACCUCGGGGUAAUGCUCGAGAUAACAGGCGGCGUGGCAGCCAGUGCCCUCGCCUUCAUCUUCCCCGCCAGUUGCUUCAUCAAGCUCGCCGACAAAAACGCCCCAUGGCAUAGUCGUGCGAAACUACCAGCAUAUAUCUGCGCUGUCUUUGGCGUAUUGGUCAUGACCAUUUCACUAUACCUCGCUCUUGCAAAAUCAUGGACACCAGAGGGAAGUGCUAAGAUCUGUAUGUAG